AAUUUUGGUGGGUUUUACAACUGUGCACAAUUAAUACAUCGAAUGGAACUUCUUGUUCAAAACGUUACCCAAUUGGAAAAACCCUAAUUCAGAACCACUCACAAAUAAACAUAAACCUCCGCCGCCCGCACCACCGUCUCCGCCGCCGCACCUCAAAACUAUGUCCGGUGGUCGAUUCCGCGAGCUCCUGAAAAAGUACGGAAAAGUAGCAAUCGGUGUUCACUGCUCCGUUUCCGCCGCUUCCGUCGCCGGCAUCUACGUCGCCAUUAGAAACAACGUCGACGUUGAAGCAAUCCUUGAGAAAUUUCACUUGGGUGCAGCUUCUCCCGAAGAAAACCCUAACCUUAAUUCUGAUACUGAUUCUUCCGCCGUGCCGGUGAAGAAUCGCACGGCGCAGAUGGCGGCUUCUGCUGGUGGUGCUUUUACCCUAGCUGUGCUUUGCAACAAGGCUCUGAUUCCUGUUCGGGUUCCCAUCACUAUAGCACUCACUCCCCCAAUUGCGAGGUUCUUGGCGAGGAGGAAGAUUGUGAAGACUGGUGUAUGAACAUGCGGUUUGGUUGGUAUGUGUUGUAUUGUUGAAUUCUAUAAGGUUUACAAUAACGAUGAGUUAGAUUGUAUAACAUUUUUCAAUUUAAAUUUUUUUGGUUCUCCCAUUUUAUGCGAUUAAUGGGAUUGGUUGCAAUUUUAUGGUUUAUGUACGCGUAUAAGUAGCAAAAGUUGAAGAUUUGAAGCUUAUAGCAUUGUAUUUGAUAAUGGUCUAAUAACAAGAGAAUUAUAAUUUAGUCAA